AUGGCCAACGAUUCUACCGUCUCCUGGGCAGAGGACGCCUUCGGACCGGCCAGUCACGUGCGUGGGUUUGACUUCACGGUGACCUUCGAGCAGGUGGUCCUGUCGAUUAUCCCAUCCACAGUCUUGCUGCUGGCAGGACCACCUAGACUGCUCUAUCUCACUCGGUGCCCUUCCAAAACUUGCUCUCAACAGAACAAAUAUCUCUGCAAGCUGGUGAGGAUGACCUCCCUCACAGAGUGCUUCAGUAUCCCCGCUGCUGUGACUGAUGAAUGCCAGGUCACCUCGUCAAUAAACCUCGUUCUACAACUUUCCUUAUUGGUGUUAUGGAGCGUGUCGCCAUCCUCACGGACCUCAACGACCAUCCCAGCCGCCUCUCUAAGCCUCGCCAACGCGAUUGUAAUUAUUGGGCUCUCCUAUAUCGAGGACCGCAAGUCAACGAGGCCCUCUUCCCUCCUGACCAUUUACCUACUGCUAUCAAUAUUAUUCGAUGCAAUACAGGUUCGUACAUCAUGGCUGACGCAUCAAAUCCCCAUGGCAGCGGUCCAGAGCGCCAUUACCGGGACAAAACUCGCCAUGUUACUGUUGGAGAUGCGAGAGAAGACCUCUUAUCUCCAGCCCCCGUACAGGAACUAUCCCCCGGAGGCAACUAGCGGCAUCGUUAAUCUCAGCUUUGUCUGGUGGAUAAAUCGGCUUUUCAUGACAGGGUACCGAAAGCUCAUGGGGAAUCGAGACCUUUAUGAUCUUGAGCCUGGGCUUGCCUCUGGCCCUGCGGGCGAACGACUGAAGAGAAUGUGGGAGAAACACGGGGGCGCAAAAAGCAAGCUCACGCUACCUUGGGUCUUUGUCCGCUGUUUCUGGAUGGAGUUUCUUGCCGUAAUGUGGCCUCGAGUGUGCUUGAUUGGAUUCAGCUUCGCUCAGCCUUUUCUGAUUAUGGCGGCAGUCCAGCAUAUAGAGCGACCGGUGACUACAGAGACCCGGGAUCAUGGCUAUGGCCUCAUUGGGGCCACCUUCCUGGUUUAUCUGGGUAUCGCGUUCUCGAAUGUCCACUAUAGACAGCGCUUCUCGCGGGUAUCCACGUUAUUCCGGGGCGCAAUGAUUGCGUUAAUUCAUGACCGGACAUUAGCACUCCAGGAUGGUCUCUACACAGAAAGUGCCGCACUCACUUUGAUGAGUACUGAUGUUGAUGGCAUCAUUGAACAUUUGGAGAACAUGAAUGACGUCUGGGCCCGCACGGUAGAAAUGACUAUUGGCAUAACUUUGCUUGGUAUCCAACUCGGGGCGACUUGCAUCGUUCCAUUACUCCUUACACUGGAAGUUGGUGGCAAAUUCCAUUGGAAACGACCAACAGAACUGGAACCUGGAGAUUCAGAAGAGGGUCAAGAAUACCUCAGCCGUCCUGGGUACCAUGAAGGCAAUCAAGGUCUCGGGCUUUCGAAAGCGCUGGCCCAAAACCUGCAAGAGCACCGUGAACGGGAGCUUUUUGUAUCUCGAGCAUUUUUCAAAGGAAUAAUGUGGCUCAACGGUUUAGCAACUUUGCCCCGAAUAUGGUCCCCCGUCAUCACCUUCACCGUCUAUGCGAUUCAAGCACGGAUCCGAGGUGACGACUCUCUAACUACGGCGAGAGCAUUUACCGCGCUAAGUAUCAUCACUCUUGUUACAACGCCUGCAGAAAAGCUCCUCGCCGUUUUACCACAGCUAGCGGCAGCCAUGGGAUGCUUUCAGCGCAUUCACGAGUACAUAAUAUCCGACCCAGUCAAGGACGGUAGAUUAGGACGUACUGAGGUCCUAACGUUAAAUUCAGCGAUCUCUUCGGCCAACGCAAAUGAAAAAGGAUUCACACCGCGAACUGACGAUGAAGAGCAAGGAAUUGCUAUCGAAUUGGACAACGUCACAGUGCUGCCUUCACCGAAAGCAAUAUCUGUCGCCCUGAAACAUGUGUCUUUCAAAGUAAGGAAGGGGAGUCUACUAGUAGUAACCGGUUCUAUCGGUUCAGGAAAGACAACUCUACUCAAGACUAUCCUAGGAGAACUUGGCUGUCAGUCAGGGACUGUCGGUGUCGGAUCGAAGCGUAUCUCCUAUUGCAGCCAGAAUCCCUGGUUGCUGAAUACAACAGUCAAGAAAAGCAUCACUGGUCUCGCAGAUCACAAAGUGGAUGAGAAGUGGUAUCAAACCGUCAUACGUUCAUGCUGCUUAGAGGAGGACAUUCGUCGCUGGCCCAACGGAGAUCAGAGUAAAGUCGGAAGCAAAGGCCUUACUUUAUCAGGUGGACAAAAGCAAAGGGUGGCAUUGGCUCGUGCGGUAUACAGUCGCCAGGAAAUAGCUUUGCUAGAUGACACCUUAUCCGCCUUGGACAUGCACACCCAGGAGAUGAUCAUUGCACGAAUCCUUUCAAAUGAGGGGAUAUUUCGACAACUGGGAACCACAGUGGUCCUAACAACCCACAACCCCCAACUGCUUAAGGUGGCAGACAGUGCAUUAUCACUUAGUGCAGAUGGGCAGGUCGAGCUUCAGAUGACGGGCAGGGAUGCCAUUCAAUACGGAGCUAUUAUUCGUGGAAAAGAAGAUACGGAUGUUGGAGAGGGCCAUCUACAUGAAAAGACCUGGGAUAAGGCAGCCGGCUCGUCAAACGAUCCUGCGAAUGAGGUGGAAGAUGAUGACCGAACCAGACAAACUGGUGAUUUAUCGGUGUACUACUACUACGCACGAAUUGUUGGUCCAUUUCUCUGUACCGUGUUUCUCCUUGCCCAUGCCUUGCUAGCCUUCGCCGAGAACUUUCCGCGAGUAUGGCUAAGCAGGUGGACCGAGGCAGGCGGCAGCCAACUUCCAUUAUACCUAUCCGUCUAUAUUGUUUUGGCCCUAGCAGCAUCAGUGCUUGUCUUAGGCUGCAUCUGGGUCAUUUUCCUUAACCUGAUGCCGAAGUCGGCUAUCCGUUUGCAUUGGCGCCUGCUGACCGCCGUCGUUCGAGCACCUUUAUCCUACUUCUCCACGACGGAUAGUGGAGUGACACUCAACCGUUUCAGCCAGGACAUGACAUUGGUAGAUCUGGCAUUGCCUAUAUCUCUAAUGUCUUUGGGACAGUCGUUUUUCGGAUGCAUCGCCACCGUGGGCUUGAUCGCAACAGGCUCAGCAUACAUGGCCAUCACGAUACCUGUGACACUGGUGGUGCUGUAUUUAUUGCAGAAGAUAUACCUUAAGACCAGUAGACAGCUACGAUACCUCGACCUGGAGUGCCGAAGUCCCCUGUAUUCCCACUUUGUCGAGGUUCUCGAUGGACUGCCCACGAUCCGGGCGUUUGGUUGGCAGGUCGCAUCGACUGAGGUUCUGAUUCAGCAUCUGGACCAGUCCCAAAAGCCAUACUACAUGCUUUUAUGCGCGCAGAGGUGGUUGAACCUGGUCCUGGAUAUUGUGGUGAUGGCAUUAGCGACCAUUGUGGUAACACUAGCCGUGGAGUUACAUGAGAGCACCAAUGCAGGCCUUCUCGGCGUUGCCUUGAACAAUAUUCUGGGGUUCAAUCAGCUCCUAUCGUUCUUCAUUACGUCGUGGACUACCUUUGAAACCUCUCUCGGAGCAAUUGCCCGCGUCAAGUCCUUUGUAGAGACCACGCCGUCUGAGUUUCGGCCUGGUCAAAUUUCAGAACCACCAAUGUCCUGGCCUGAGCAGGGAGCAAUCCACAUCCAGGGCCUCUCUCUUUCCUACCCCAAUGGGACAUCAGCGCUGCAUGAUAUUUCGAUGUGCAUCACACCAGGGGAGAGAAUUGGUGUCUGUGGCCGUACAGGCAGCGGUAAAACUUCUUUCAUACUCGCUUUACUUCGCCUUGUAAACCCAUCACACGGCACGAUCACCAUUGACGGGGUUAACAUCGAAAGCGUCUCCCCAGCAGCAAUCCGCGAGGCACUAAUAGCCGUCCCACAAGACCCAUUCACGCUUCUAGGCUCCGUGCGGUACAACACGGACAUCAUGGGCGUUUCCAACGACGAAGACAUCACAUCUGUAUUAACGCAAGUAGGCAUCUGGGAGGCCAUUGAAGCCCGAGGAGGUCUGGAUGCCAUCCUGGAGGAUCACCCAUUGUCUCAAGGAGAACAGCAGUUAUUCUGCCUAGCACGGGCCAUUCUCAAGAAACGAACCUGCCAAAGUGGAUAUCAGGUGCUGAUCUUGGAUGAGGCCACCAGCAACCUUGAUAGCGAGAUGGAUCGUCGCACCCAGCAGGUACUAAAGGCUGCCUUUGACGGCUGUACGGUUAUCAGUGUAGCUCACAGGCUGGACACAAUUAUCGAUUUCGACAGAAUCGCCGUCCUAGACGCGGGACGUCUGGUUGAGUUUGACAAACCACAGCGCCUUCUCGCCAAAGAUGGGCUUUUCCGAAGGAUGGUCUCAGCAUUCGAGGAACAGGGGUUGGAUGGAUUAUAA